CGUUGUGAGGAGAUGGCACCCGUGCCAGGGGCCGUAUCUGCUCCGUGCCCGCCUCCCCCUCGCUGUCUUGCCCCAGGUGCAGCUCAGAGCAGCUGGGAGCAGCUGGCAGUAACGGCUGGGGGCUGAGCGACCACUGUGCUGCUGCUGCUGCCAUGGAGGGGCCCUGGUUGCUGCUGGCCUCUGUGCUGCUCCUGCCCCCUGGCGGGGCCGCUGACCCCCUGCCCACGCUGGCCCCGCCGCUGACCAUGGUGGUGUCGGGGCAGCGGCGGCGGCUGGUGGUGUGCGUGGUGAGCGAGCUGCCCGCUAGCUCCGGCCACGCCGUCUGGAUCUCUGGGGGGAACGGCAGCGCUCUGCAGUCCUUCGCCUAUGGGGCUUCGCAGGAGGAGGGUGGCACCGUGUGUGCCGUUUCCAUCCUCCCUGACACCCCCCUGGAGCAGGGGCUCCUGGCGUGCCACGUGGGGCCCAACAGCAGCGCUCCGGCUCAUAGCUCCAGCCCCAUCGCAGUUGCAGGUACGGACCCAGGCCCUGCCCGGGAGCAGGGCUGUGCCAGCGGGCAGCAGGCGUGGGGCCCUGCGGUGAAUGUUAUCAUGGGGCAAGAAGGGGUUUGUGGCAGCCCCCUCCCCCCUGUUCCCCAUCCCGCAGGCAUCGAUGAGGAGGCAGAGUCGUGUCCCAGCGCCCGCACGGAGCCCCGUGCCUGUGCUGCCAUGGCCAUGCUGGUGGCCGCGCGGGUGGUGUUGCUGAAGGCCGCGCUCCUGGACGCGCUGCUCACCGCACUGCUCCUGGCCCGGCAAUGAGCGGCCAGGCGCGGCACCCCCGGGAAGGGCAGCGACGAGCCCCGGAUCGAGGGAGAGACCCAGCCUGGGGGCGGGGGGUUGGUGUGGGAGCGAGGAGGAGCCUGUGGGAUGGGGUCCGGAAUCACUAGCAGGCACGGCGGGAAGGGCCCAACCGUGCGCUGGGACGGACAACCCCCACACGGCCGCGGCGCUGCGCCCUGCGGCGCGCCCACCGCGGGGGGGCGGGGCUUAG